GACUACAACAAAAUGGCACCCAGACUCAAAUUGUUUUAUUCUUUGGUUCUUAUCACCGUGAAUGUGUACAGUGCUACCAUUGAUAGUGAUUCAUAUCUAAGUGCUUAUAAGUUGACCCAUGACCUCAACAACCACUUUGAGAAUCGUCCAACGGGCGAAAAAGUGGUUUAUGUUGAUGCUAACACUGAUCAACACAUAGAUGUACAUCCGGUUUAUGUUCAGAAGAGUCACGAUGAUCAUACUCAUACUCAAGAUUUAAUUGAUGAACAUUUUCAUGAGGUGAAUGCUGAACAUGCCCAACAUGCAGAUCAUCUUGAUGUGGAGCAUCAUUACCAACCGGAGUACCAUGAACAUUACAUUGAUGUUUCCGGUGCGAAUUCAGCGGGAAAUGAUGGUUUAAGUGGUUUGGGGAGUUAUGGUACACCUCCUGUUAGUAGUUAUGGUCCACCUGCAGCAGGUGUACCCAUACCGGAAGUGGGAUAUCCAACAGCAAGUCCUGUACAGACUUAUGGACCACCUGUACCGGUGAGUUUUCCCAAAAAAAUGCCGGUCUAUGGCCCUCCUAGCCCAGUUUACGGACCACCAACACAUCAUAUUGGAGUAUACGGUCCACCUCAUCACAAAUUACCACCUUUGGUAGCUCACGAGUACUACGAACCGGAACCACCUUCAAUUAUACCGGAUUUCUUACAUAACCUAGUUACACCUCAUGCUUUCCUCGGAAUUUUAGACAAGAUCAAAUGGUUUAAACUAGAUCUCUUCACAAUCGGGAAAUUAAUCUUAAAAUUCUUUAUUUUCAAGAAAUUCUUAGCUUUUUUCACAAUUUUAUUUUUACUGUUGAUAAUUCCGAGUCUAAAACACAAGGGUAAAGAAAGUGUAGGCAUGAUGACUGCCAUGGUUGAUAAAUUUGGUCAAUCAGAUGAUGAUGACGACGAUGAAGAAGAUGAUGAUAAUCAUAACAAAAGAAAAAAGAAACGUAAAGGCAAAAUGUUGAUUGAUAAAGCCACGGAAAGUCUAAACGCGUUAACCUCACACGUAUUGGAAUCCAUUGAGAAUUUCGAGCAGAAAUUCAACAAAAACCAAACGCAAACCAAACUUCCAUCAACGAUAGUAGCAACUGAUUUGAAUCAACUGUCAAAUUCACAGAAAACGGAUUGCGGUGCCAACAAUACAAGUAUUUAUUGUAAGAGUCAGAGCGUAAUCGAGAAAAUCAAGACAAUAAUGCCUGCACGAGAGGAAGAAACGAAGAAAACCACAAAUACUACUAAAACAUCAACAACAACAACAAUGACAAAACCAACAGUAAAUCGUGUUGUGAAUCUGACAAGUAAAAGUCAAUUGAGGCCCGUGAACAGUAAAAAUACGAGUAAAACCAAUAGUACAAUCUCCAAAAUUAAAAAAUAG